AUGACGGGUGAUUGCAAGAGCAGGACGCAGUGUGACUGUAUCGAAAGGCAGAGCUCGGGGGGUCUCAGCCUGAGCAACAUGGCCUUGCUCAAGUACACCCUCGCCCCUUCCUCUGCUGCCACCCUUUGUACUCUCACUCCUGCUGCUGCCCCUGAUGCUUCACCCCUGGGUGCCAAUAUCUCUGGAGCCAGUGCCCUCUCCCAGGCCUCCCUUGCUGCUCCCAUGGCACAUGUAACUGCCCGUGCCCUCAUGCUGGAAGGCUCAGACUCGGACUCUAUUGGUGAUUUCAUCCCCACGCCUGCUGUGGAGCCGUGCAGUGCAGAGAGCGCAGGGAGCAAGGAGGGCACCUUUCUUCCUCCGCCUCCUGCUUCCCCUACUCAUUCUCCUGCCGCUCCCUUCACCCGAGUGCUGAUGGUCCCUGAAGACGAUGGCUUCACCUGGCGCAAGUACGGGCAGAAGCUCAUCCGAGCCUCCUCACGGCCCAGGCUGUACUUUCGCUGCAGGCAGCCCGGCUGCCUGGCAAGGAAAACCGAGGAUCGGGCAGCAGAUGGAAAGGUUCUUGGGAGGAAGUAUCUGAGUUUGCACAAUCAUAAUCCUCCUACUCCUUCCCCUCCUGCUGCGGCUGCUGCAGACGCUGCAGCUGUGCGGGGUGAGCUGGACGCAGACGCUGCAGCUGUGCGGGGUGAGCUGGACCAGCAGAUGGGGGGGAUGUGCUCCAAACUGGAUGAGCAGGGAGAGGCCCGGCAGGAGCAGUGGGGGAUGAUGGGAGACGGCUGGCACGAGCGCGUGCAGGUGGACGAGGACCAAAAGCAGCAUGGGGGGGAGCUGGAGAACUGGCUGCAGCAGCAGCAGCAGCAGCAGCAGCAGCAGCAGCAGCAGCAGCAGCACGAGCAGGAGCAUGAGGCAGAGCAGGAAAAGGAGGAGCAGGGGCAGCAGGCGUGGGGAAUGUUUGGAAUGGGCAGCGACGUUGAAGGACUCUUUGAUCUCUCGCUCUCCGAUGCGUUCCUAAAUGACGCCCCGACUGAUUGUGAUUGCAGCAACCACACCAUCAACAACAAAAUCUGGCUCCCUGCUGAGGAAUUUGGGGGAGGUGUGUCUGAGGAGACUUUAUCUGAGGAAGGGCUCUCCCUGACGGUGUCUGGUGAAGCGAGUUGGGGGGUAGCUACUGGUGACCGUAACGAAGGGCGGCUGAGCAGCCCCAGCUGCUCGCUUGCUAUGAUUGAGUCGCUGCUGAUGAGCGAUGUUGAGGCUAGCAAUAACGAGUAUGGAUGGGACGGGGUGUUCCAGGAAAUCAGUCAGGGCGCUGAGAAGGCCGUAGUGACUGAUGACGAACGCAGUCCGUCAGGUGUGCGCAUGGUGUGUGCGCAGCAGGUGGUGGAGGAGCCGAGGGUGGUGGUGGCGGUGCGCAGCGAUGCAGACGUGGUGGAUGAUGGUUACCACUGGCGCAAGUACGGCCACAAGCUGGUCGGAGGCAACACCUUCCCCAGGAGCUACUAUCGGUGCACGAGUGGGGACUGCCGUGUGCGCAAGCAGGUGGAGCGCUCCAAGCAUGACCCGUCCAUGGUGGUAACCACGCACCCUAAUGUCAGCAGCCAAAACGGUGCGAUCUGCCUGGAUAUCUUGAAAGACCAGUGGACUCCUGCCUUGACGCUCAAAACGGCUCUAUUAUCACUCCAAGCGCUGUUAUCAUCGCCUGAACCUGAUGACCCUCAAGAUGCAAUCGUCGCUCAACAGUAUUUGAAGGAUUAUCAGACGUUUGUCAACACUGCACGGUACUGGACAGAGGCGUUUGCCAAAAGACCAUCCUUGGCUCUAGAUGACAAGGUGAAGAAGCUGGUAGAGAUGGGCUUUCCAGAGGCGUCUGCUAGGUCGGCUUUGGAGAAGUGUGGAGGAGAUGAGAAUGCAGCUUUGGAGAAGCUAUCAGUCCCACUGCGACUAGCAGUGGUGCUCAUCAAGCUUCUGGUAUUGCCGGUUCUGCAGUUCAGAGGAGGUGCGAGCCCCAGAACGGGCGGCAAGGGAGGCAGCAGCGGAGAUCAGCGGCUGGAGGAGCUGUUGGCGGGGGGAACAGGGGGGGGUGUGCGUGCCAAGUAUGCUGCACGACUGCAGGAGAAGAAAAUGCUUGCUGAGGCCCGCAGGGAGCAGCAGGGAGGAGGGUUCGGCCGGGCGGCUGCUGCUGUCGCCUCUGCUGCCGCUGCUGCCAGCACUGCUGCUGCUGCCGCUCGUGUGGCGAGGUUGAGAGCGGAGAAGGGAGGUGGAGAUGGGGGGCUUCUGGGGGGAACGGGAGAAGGGGCGUUGCCUGGGAUUGGCGGGGUUGAAAGGGGAAGGGGAUGGGUGGUGGCUCCUGGGUCUGCAAGACUGCUCCGACAUUUCCAGUCGCGCACUCUGAAGCAGGCGCUGGUAACCACCCACCCACGCCUUGACGUGCUGCUUCUCAACGACCAGCUCGGCAACUUCUCCUUUGACUCUCACAUCAACGUCACUGCCGGCGCUGCUCCUGCUGCUCCUUCGGCCUCUGCUGCCUCCUCUUAUACGCCUACCUCAUCAACCCCUCCAUCUGAGUCCUGUUCACCCUCAGAUGCAUCGCAAACAGCGUCAGCCACAUCAGCACCAGGGCCGUCACUAACAGCUGCGUCUUCAUAUGGAGUGUCAGCAGAACCAGGAGGCACAUUACCAAACGAGGCACUAAGGUCGCCCCCAGCAGCAGUGCCAGGCAUCGACUCACUGGAAGCUGCCAGAAAGAGGAUCUCCCGAGUCCCGUCCGCACGAAUCCUUUCCGCCACGUGGAAAUCUCAAAUGGUCGAUUCGAUCGCCACGUGGCAAUCCUGGGAGCUGCCAGUUCCGUUCGACCACAGCUUCUGGUCUCACGGCGCAGUAGCUGCAGCUGAUUCUUCUGACGUAGCAAAGCUACAGACCCUCCGCUGCGCGGACGCAGGUUGGGCUCCGUCGCUCCUCGCCAUGCUCGCAGUACAGCCGCCGUCCGGCGCGGCGUGCAACUUAAUCUCCCGCCAGCUGCACUCGCUGCUGCUCUGGGACGACUGGAUGAAGCGCCACGGCUCUCCAGACGAGUUUAGCGCCUUAGCGUCCGUGUUUGGCGCUCAGGAGAGGCUGGUUGGCGACGAACAGCAAGCGGCGGUUGGCGGCGAUUUGCUGGCGUUUCCGAGGAGGCUAGACGCGAAGUUUCCUCUGAAGAAGAAGGCCUUCUGCGACUCGCUAUCUGCUCUUCGGAAGGAAGGCGCGGGUUCCAGCAAGUUCUGGCUGGAAAGGUAUCUACGCAGUCUGCAGCAGUACGCGCUCGUCGGCUUGCCGCUUCACCAGACGGUUGAGCGGCAGGCAGCAGCCGGCGAUAGCCCUUCUCUUGAUGACUAUCUCAUGUAUCGCGCCGCCACCUCCCCCGCAACUCCCGCCGCGUUUCUAGCCGCGGCGUCUCGCAACCUCCCUUUUGUGUCUGACAGCACGCUCGAGUCACUCGUCCUCCCGCUCCUCUUCGUCGGCUCCGCGUUUUCCGCUCUGAAAGGCGACUCGCUUCUGGAGCGCCGGCGCCGGCUGCAGGAAUCCGCGUCGCUACCAGCAUCGCUCCUAUUCGACGCCGAAACCGGUUCAUUGCUUCUGGACACUCUCGAGGCGGCUUUCGUUCAGAUGGCGGCGAAGGUUGAGAAGGAAGCGAAGAGGUUGCAGCUGGCGUCGGAACGAGUCGCGGUUUCCUCGUUCGUGCGACUUAUCAGAAGCGUCGUCCACGGCGUGAGCCUAUGGCAGGGCGCCGCGUGGCGGUUCCGGGACCUCACCGCUGCUCCUGCGGGCGGUUCAGUUGAGAGCUUCUCCGAGAGCGCCUCAUAUGCUAGCGAGUCAGAUUCUGAUAGCGAGGAUGAGUGGGGUACCAACGGAAGCCGCCACAGCAGCCUGAGCAGCAUGAGCAGCAGUGGCAGCUUGAGUGACGCAGAGGUGCCUCAGUGGAUUCUGGAGCAGAUUGAAGCAGCCUGUGCACGCUUCGUUGCCCAAUGA